CUUAAAUUCUAACUUUAUUGGCCAAGCAAAAUACUGAAUAUAGGACUUCAAAUGAAAAUCCAAGAAGUUGACGGCGAAACGCAAUAGAAAGGGGAGAAAAAUGAUGAACAUGAAUCCGCCGACGCACCCUCCACACCCGCAUUCCCAUCUCCCCCAGUCGCUGCAGCAUCUUGGCCAGCAGCGCCAGCAAAUGCCCGCCUUGCUGCAGGGCCACCCAGCCAUACCAACCACCCACUUUGUCGAGUGCCGGGCAUUACCAGCAAUCAACGAGACAUUUCCGCAAUUUGGCCAGCAUCGUCCGGCUAUUUCGCUGCUCUCCCCCUUGGACCUUUCACUGCGGGCAGCGGCCAGUGUAGUGCCAAUUACGCCGCCCUCGACGCCCUCGCCGCCCCGCAAGCGCCAGAGAUUGAUGUCCGAGGAGAAUUACCUGUGGCGUCCGCACAUGGCGAGUCCUGCAGCUCCUGCAGGUCCUCCUUCGAACCUGGCAAUGCAGCCAGGCAGCAGCUACUUUCAUCAUCCUCAGCAGCAGCAGCAACAGCAGCAACAUCAUCAUCAUCAACAAUAUGCCAUACGCAGCAGCUUUGAGGGCGCUGCCUUUAAUAAAAGUCAUUUUCACGGGACGAAAAAUAACUUUGAGCAAAUUCCGGCGGGUCAAUCGAGCGUUAGCUCGCCCAUCUACGUGGAGGAUGAGACGAUUGUGCUGACCGAGGACGAGGAUGAAACAGUUGUCAGUUCCCAUGACUACAAUGAGUACGGGCAGUCCACGGACACCGAGGAAGUCAACGAUGAGACACUGCAAGUUCAAGUCAGCGAUAAUGGCGAUGAUGAUGAGGAGGAGGUGUUCGUGGAUGUCCUGGGCAGUGACGAUGACGAGGAUGAGGCCUUGAAUCCGGCCACAAGAUUGCAGGCCCAAUUGCUGGAGACCACGGCGCUGAAAAGGAACGAACUGCUCUACGAGGAUGAGGAGCUGCACAACCAGGCGAUAGAUGGUCUGGCCAGGCUCUUUGAGCGGGAUUUUCCGGAGCCGGAGUUGGAGGUCAGCGAACUGGCGGAGGUCCAGAGCAACAGCGGGAAAACCUACACGGAUUUGAGUGGCGUGGCUAGCAGGGUGCAUGCCAGAUCUCCCCGUCUCCCACCGCCUCCCAAUCCUCCAGCUCCAUCUGCCCCCUCUGCUCCUCCUGCUCCCUUACCACCACCCCCCACUCGACCUCACAAGGCCGAACGCAAGAGGUCGAAACUAAGAAAACACAUGGCCAUCGAUGAGGAGACCAUAAGUCCCGUCUCCGGCACCAUCAUCCGCAAAUUGCGCGACGACGAGGAGCUGGUGGUGCGCAAAGGCGACAUUGAUCCGGCUUUCAAUGUCGUGGAAAUCACCGAGGAGGCCAAGGCCAUCCUGGCCAGCAUCGACAACAAGAUUGGCGACUAUCUGUGCCAGUUGUGCCGCACCGUCUACGACGAUGCCUUCAUGUUGGCCCAGCACCGCUGUCCCCGCAUCGUCCACAUCGAGUACAAGUGCUCCGAGUGCGAGAAGGUCUUCAAUUGCCCGGCCAACUUGGCCUCGCAUCGCAGAUGGCACAAACCCAAAGCGGAUGCCGCCGGGGGUCCAGGUAAUCCCACCAAGAAGCGACUCGUCGAGUCCGGGGAUCUUCUCCAGGAGGCGGGAAGAGCUGGCGAGGAUGCCAGCGAUGGCAUUUAUCCUUGUCACCUAUGCGGAAAGACCUUCCGACGUCAAGCUUACCUGAAGAAACACCAGGCCUCCCAUCAGAUGUUGGAUAAUCUCAAGAAUCUGGAUUUCUUCAAGGCCCAGCAGCAACAGCAGCAGCAAUUGGCCAUCAAUGGCCACCAAUUGCCCGAUCAUGUCCAGCUGCAGCAGCAGCAGCAGACCCAAGGUCAAGCAGUUUCGUCAGCCGCAACCUAUGCUGCCGCCUCUCUGCCACGCCCACCGCCCGGCAUGCCCAUCUAUCCGCCCCCCAAUGGUAAGAACUAUGCGGGUGGCCAACGCUUUCCCGGCUUUCCCUUCCAGCCCUUCGACCAGCGUCGCUUCUACUCGCUGGGGGAGUUCUAUCUAUCACAGCACUUGGAGCGCUCCUCGGCCUUCCAGUACGUGCAGGCCAAUCACCUGAGGCAGCUGUCGAAUGUGGCUCAAACGCUGAUGCCUCCGAUGCCCGUCAAAUGA